CUGGAACAUGGAGGCCUCAAAAAGAAAGAGAAAAAGAAGAAAAGGGGAGAAAAGAAGAAAGACAAGAAAGAAAGAGACUUGUUGAAAUAUCCUAUGGAGGUGCACUCGGAGCCAGGGAUUCUUCCGUCUACAUCCUUUUAUCGAGUAUCAUCUCCUAUCCUGUCUUCAGGGCAUGCUAGUCCUGACCUAGAGCAACAGGGCAGCCUGGGGACACAGAAUGACUCCUUCCUGAAAAACCACAAGGGAAAAGUUUCAGAUACAGGUGAUCUGUCCAGGCUACUAUCAAACCCUGCCCCAGGGAAACUACAGCCUCUUCUGUCAGCAAAGUCAAACCGGACUCACCAGAUCCUGGCAGAUGUGGAAAAAAUUCUUGGAAGAGCUGCAUCUUCUAGCAGGUCAGAUGUUAAUCAUCAAACAUGCCAAGAUGUAACUACAGAAAUCAGAUGCGCAGCUGCUAGUGGUGUUUUUUCAGACUUGGAAGCUGAGGACUUAGACAGCGUCCACCUCGUAAAGCCUCUUUUCCAAACAUUGAAGAAACCAUCUCAAACUAUAGCAGGUGCAACAAUUGUGUUAGACCUGGGGGAAGUCAAGGACAGAAGACUGUUCUUAGAGGGAGAAAAGCAAGGUGAGGACCAUGGGGAAGGCCAUGCAGAAGGAGAUGGACUCCAAUCCCUGGUCAGGAAGGAAGACUUCUUGCAAACUGUUGAAAAGGAAAUGCAGCUUCUUCCUUCUGCCACUGCUUUCUCAUUGAUCAGCCAGACGUCCAGGACUUUGGAGGGACAAGGUGACAUCCAUUAUUUUCAGAACGAAGUAUUAAGGCCUCUGGAGAGAAUAAAGGAGAGCAGAAGAAAGAAAAAGAAGCUUUCAGAGCAAUGCCAGGCUACAGAGCCCAGCACAUGGCAGAUCAAGGCUCCUGUUCCUCAUUCUCAGCUGCAGGCUUCUGUUGAGCUUGGAGCAAAGACAGGAACUUGUGGGAGUGAUGGGUUUUCAUUAGCAGUAGUGUCAUCUCCUACACCAGGUCAACUCAUAGAGGAAAAAAAGCAUGAUCCAAGGAUAGAUUCUGACGGUGGUAAUAGCAUCAGUGUGGCUAGCAGUCUGUCUGACCACCUUGCUUCUCAGGUCUUAGGUGAAGUGGAUAAUUUCUCCUGGGACUUGCAGAGCUCUUGUGAAUCUGAACAUCCCACAAAGCACCUGCCUUCUCCCCAGAGAUCUUUUUUGGAAGCUGUAAAUACCCAAGCACAAAGCUCUCCAGACAAUCAGUCAUCUAGUGAGUGCUAUUCAGAGGAUCAGAAGUUCUAUCAACACGUACUCCAUAUGGUGAAGAAGUCGAGGAGAGCAGGAUCAAGUGUACCCGAGCCUCUCAAGGGUCAGAAAGACAACAGCAAAGGGCCUGGUGCUGAUCAGACAGUAGAUCCUGAUGUUGCUGGAGAAGGGACUAUAGAAACAACAGCAGCAAGGCUCAAACAAGGAGCAGCGGCUCCUAAAGCAGAGAGAUUCAAGCCUAGUGAGGGUCAGACGUGUAUCCUUCAAGACAACCAGGCCGGAGAACAGCCAGUGCACAACACAGGCCUGAUGGAGGAAGCCUGCAGGCUUGGACUUUCACCAGAAGGAAAUGGAGUUAAAGAGCCCAGCACCUACAGAAAAAGUCUUUUGAAAUCAAAAAAUGAGGAGGAAAAAGAAGAGGCUUGUUUGUAUCACCUGGCAGCUGGUGCAACAGAGAAUAAAGAAGUCAGUGAGAGUAUGCAUGAAAGAGCUGGAGUCCUCCAGAAUCCACGUGUGGAUAUUGGGGUUAUCCUUGAACAAAAGAGUCCUAUGCUAGAAAAUGUCCUGGACGUAGCUGACCUAUCUCCAGUCCUGAAUGGUCCAAAAUUUGAGCUGAAUACAGCUGCCAUUGAAAGCACUUGGAUAGAGAAAGACAAAAGCUGGAUGGUGCAAGAGAAAAAUCAGAACAAAGACAGCUUGGAAGAGGAGCAAAAUAGAGGCUCUGCUGUGGCAACAGAGAGCAGGAAGUUUGAGACUGAAAUUAAGCCAAUAAAGCCCUGGAAGAUCCAUACUGGGCGGUCGCUGGAGGAAAUAACCAAAGUGGAAGAAGCAAACAUGUAUUUGCUGCAAGAAAAACAGACACAUGUUCAGAAUUUGCAGGAAGAACUGCAACAAGAAAAGGAAGAGGAGAUCCAGAUGUUACCUCCACAGAAAGAGUCUGCCCUUCGGCUGGCCCAGGAAGCCACACUGAACCAGCUGAAAGAGGAGCUAGAAUCCUUUCGGCAAUCAGAGAGAGAAAAGCUUAAAGAGCAGAAGUUGCUUUCUCUGGAAAGAAUAAAAAAAGAAGCAGAAACCACUGAGCAGGCUGAACAGAUGGCACUGGAGCAGAAGAACCAGAGGGCCCUGGAUGAAUUGAGGGAGAAGCUGUGCAGAGAAAAGGAAUUGGCCAUGCAGGAACUACAGGCGCAGUUUGCAGCAGAGAUCCAGCAACAGAAAAGUGCAACAAUAGAAGAACACCAGAAGGUUAUUCUAACCCUCCAGAUGGAAAUAAUGGAGGCUCAGAGAAGAGAGGAAGCAGAACUUCAGAAGGAACUCGAGAGUGUGGAGCAAAAGGUUCAACAGAAGAGACAUCAAGUAGCAGAGUAUGAGCGAGAGCUCAGUGACCUUCUGAAGGAGAAGCGUCAAGAGGUUGAGCGGGAGCAUGUGAGAGAGUUGGAAAAAAUGCAGAAGAUACACCAGGAGGCACUAGCUAGGAUUCGGGUGCAACAUGAGGACCAGGAGAGGAAGCAGAAGGCUGAGCUGCUUGCAACACUGCAAAAUGAGCUGGAGCGCAUGAGGCCGCUCCACCAGGCAGAGCUAGAGGCUUUGCUAAAGAAACACGUGGAACAGCUGAAGGACCUGCAUCAGAGCCAUCAGGAGCAGGAGAAAAAGGCCCAGGAUGCGGAAUUGGAACUGGAGCUCCGAACUAAAGAUGCCCAGACAAGAGCAGCUCAGCUCUGUGCCCAGGAAGAGGCCUGGAAGAAGAAGAGGCAGCAGGUCCUGGAAGAAGAGAAGCAGCUGGAAGAAGGAAGAAAUGAAGCAGCUUUGGCAGCUCGUUCCCACCUUGAGGAGUCCCAAAAAGCACAGGCGAAUCUUGAAGACACUUUACAGCAGCUGCACAGAGCUCUGGCAGAACUCCAGGACCAGAAAAAAAAGUUGGAGUCUCAGGUGGCAUUGCUACAGUUACAGAGCCAGCAGUUGGAGAGGCGUACCAGUGAGCUGGAGGAGACCAUCAGGACCAAGCAAGAGCUGCUAAAGAAACUAGAUAAAGAAUGUAGUGAAGCAACUUCUCCGAGGAAAAAGGAAGAAGCACUCCGAGUUGAAGACCUGCAAGGGGACUGUCCAGAGCCUUCCUCCAGAGAAAUGGCAUCUGAAACACCAAAAAGCAAUGAAGAAAGCAGCCUUCUCCUGAACCAAGUACGGCACUACAUUUCUGCUGAGGGAGCCUCACUGAAGACAGCCAAGGAGUUUUUGGUGCGGCAAACUCGUUCCAUGAGAAAAAGGCAAACUGCCUUGAGAGCAGCAAAGCAGCACUGGUAUCAUGAUCUGCAGGGAACACAAGCUGUACAAGAUUCAAGCCAUUCUCAGGUGUUAGAGGGAGUGCUCAGGAACCUGGAAGAGGAAGGGAGGCAGCUAGAUGAAAUGAAAUCUGCCAUGCGGAAAGGGCAAGAACUGCUGAAGAAGAAAGAAGAGAGGCUCAGCCAGCUGGAAUCCUCUCUUCUGGAAGAGUUUUCUGAUGAAGAUACAAUCAAGGGAAUGGCCUGCAAGAAAAUGGUGACUUUUGACCUCAGUGACUCUGAAGACACAAGUAGCCUCAUGAGUGCUGAUCAAUCUCCCCACAAGAUAGCUGACUUGAAACCAGACAUCCAGUUUUCUCCCUUUGACAAGAUCCAGUAUUUGACUGAUUCACUGCAGCGGAUCACCAGCGACCUGAACUGUGUCCUUCGUCUCCUGAGUACCUUCAGCAGCCAGCAGUCUCUCUUCACUUCCACCCAAGGCCAGUCGCUCGCUCCGUUGGCCAGAGACGGAAUUCCUCUGACUGCUUAUACCUCUCUGGCACGUGCCUAUUCUGCCACACCAUUUGUACCUUCUACUGGACCUCAGUCGGUCUGGUGUAGCAGCUCAGGCCCCAGUCCUGCAGCUGUGAGUGGACAGUCUGUGGACAGUAUGUUGACGGAGAAGUGGCGUAAAUAUUUCCCAGGGAAGUUCCCAUUGCCCUGUGGUGGGCUUGGUGCCCAAGAUGACAAGCUGGACUCCUUAACCACUGGCGAGCAAGUCUGCCUGUUCCAGCAUCUUCCUUUCCAGGGCUCCAAGACUGAGAAGCCCAACAUCCAGAGCAUGAUUGACGCCAAUAAGAAAUGGCUGGAGAGUUUCAAGCACAGUUCCAAAGGCCCUCUCUUGGCAAGUACAUCACGUUCCUCUAGCAGUGGCUCUGGUUUGGUGCAGCUUGGGCUGGAUGAGAACAAUCAAAUCAAGGUCUACCACUUCUAGAUGGACAGGAAAUUUGCCUGUCUGUGAAAGGCCAAGCCACCUGCCUAAUAACAAUAUAUGACAUUAUCCCUGUACCCAACAGCCUCCACAUGUUUUCUUGGGCUGCAGUCAGAGAUUGAUUCUUAGCUAGAUUUCUCCUGGGAAAUUAAUUCAAGCCUUUUUGUAGAUUUUCCAUCCCAGGAAAAUGUCACAAAUGUGAAAGAGAAAAGUGGGUUUUGAGUGGAGAGAGCUGGCUAGUAAGUUGUCUUUCCAUAGCUAGGAAGCCAGAGAAGCAAAGUGCCCAUCUGAAACACAUGCAUCUGAAGGCCUGAGGCUCCCCCGUCCCUGAAAACAGCUCGUAUCGCUUGCUCAAUUUUCUCUUCUGAAGCCGUUGUCACCUUCCCCGCCAUGGAACCUCCAGUUCAGGUGCGACUGCUGAUGGGGCUGGCAGUUUUGUCUUCAGCAGCAGCUGGGAAUAUGAAGUACAAAAUCAGCUUUCUUUGCAGAGGCUGAAGCAGGCCAUGAGCAUGUCCAAUUCCACUGGUGGUUUCUGGAUUCUGGAAGUUCAUUUCUGGUCCCGGUUUCUAAUUCUGUUCUUUUCCUAAUGGCUGGUGUGCCUGACCUACUGGUGUGCUGAGUCUGGAGCACUGGCACUGUAUCCAUGGCACUCAUGGGACACAUUCAUCAGUGCUCUCAGAAGCACCAGAAGCUAAACAGAGAUACUAGGUAGAUGAGACCAGGCAGUGGCCUACUGUGCUCUUUCUGACCCACUUUUGGUAUAUCCUUUGAUGAAGCUGCCAAAAGAAAGCUAAAUUACUCAACAAUCUCCCCUCUCUUAAACCGCCCCCCCCCCCAUUUUCAACUGGACUGCUGACCUCUGAAACUGGGCUUAUUUUUCAAGCAAUUAUCACCAUGUGUCUAAUCAGGCAACAGAAGAGCAGCAUCCCCAAGUGCUGAUGCUCUAAGCAGCCUCAGGCCUCUCCAUUGUGGGGCUGGUGCUUCUCUGGACAGAUCUCUCCCUAUAAGCGGCCUGGAGCAGCUUUUCUCCUGUCCUUGCUCACAGCACAAUUCAGUUCAUACCAGGACUGGAAGGACUUGUUUUAUUGACCUUUAUUGAAACUUAUAUUACGGCAGAGGAUUGGUGGUGUGCAUCCUUCAGCUAUCAACUGUAUUUUUAAAUUCUGAUUAAAUGUACUCUUUUCUA